GAGCGGCCUCGCGCGGGAGGCCGCCGGCUGGGGACGGCUGGGCGGUCGCCUUCCUUCCCGGGCGGAGGGGCGGCCUCCCGCCUGCUCCGAGCCGGCGUGGAAGUGAAGGUGAAGCCACUGGCUGCUCUGUCCACCCCCGCUUCCCGCCUGGCACUGCCUUCCCGGCCUGCCCCAGGGGCCGGCCCUCGCCCGGCGCGUGCGGCCCUAGCGACUCGGCGUUCGGCCCCGCCCCUCCCCGCCCCCUUCCUGGCGCGAGCAGCUUCCUGACGCGAUUCCCCUCCCCCUCCGGGUUCGCGAAGAGAGUCGGGCCCCGGGCUGCCACCGCCAGCUUGGCCGCUGUCGCCGCCACCGCUGCCGCCAUCUCCUUGAUUCCCCCCAUCCCCCGCCAUGGCCGAGGAGCUCUCCGCGGCCACGUCCUACACCGAAGAUGAUUUCUACUGCCCUGUCUGUCAGGAGGUGCUCAAAACGCCCGUGAGGACCGCGGCCUGUCAGCACGUUUUCUGUAGAAAAUGUUUCCUGACUGCAAUGAGAGAAAGCGGAAUACAUUGUCCCCUCUGUCGUGGAAAUGUGACUAGAAGAGAGAGAGCAUGUCCUGAACGGGCCUUAGACCUUGAAAAUAUCAUGAGGAAGUUUUCUGGUAGCUGCAGAUGCUGUGCAAAACAGAUUAAAUUCUAUCGCAUGAGACAUCAUUACAAAUCUUGUAAGAAGUAUCAAGAUGAAUAUGGUGUUUCCUCUAUCAUUCCAAACUUUCAGAUCUCUCAAGAUUCAGUAGGGAACAGUAAUAGGAGUGAAACGUCUACAUCUGAUAACACAGAAACUUAUCAAGAGAAUACAAGUUCUUCUGGGCAUCCUACCUUUAAGUGUCCCUUGUGUCAAGAAUCAAAUUUUACCAGACAGCGUUUACUGGAUCACUGUAACAGUAAUCACCUAUUUCAGAUAGUUCCUGUGAAUCUUCAGCUAGAUGAGGAAACCCAGUAUCAAACUGCUGUUGAAGAAUCUUUUCAAGUAAACAUCUGAAGGCUAUAGAAAUCUCUGCAUCUUUGUACCUGCAAGUGCCAUCUUUAAGGGGAAAACUACAUGAAGUCACCGUUUCAGUAACUUGAUGUGUAUAUUAAUAAAAGUAAUUCAGUCUAUUGAUUUAGUUUUUUAAUUAAAAAAUAAAGGUGGGCCAUCUAAAAACUUCAUCUUCUUGAUAAGUUAAAAAAUGAAAGUUAGGACAUUGUCUUUAAAAAUAUUGAAAGGAUUAUAUUCAUUAAUGUAAUGAACAAAAGGGAUUCCAUGUUGUACUUAUCUUUUUUUAUAUUACACAGUCUUGAAUUUUUCCUUAUGUUGCUUUUGGAAUUUGUUGCAGUUCCUCCCAUUGACCUUCUUGUACACAGGUAACACAUAGUAGCACAUUCUGAAAGAUGUGAUUGAUAGAAACCUACCAAAUCUGAGCCAGUUACCAGAGUUGAAGAAUGGAGACUUGAAGUGCUAAAUGAAACAAUCCAAAGGAAACUUUUUUAAUACAGAUUCUAGCUGAAGAAAUUCAACUAUAAGAAAAUUGUAUUUAUAUAAUGUUUAGUAUUUUUGAAGACUAGUGAGAUUUCUUUAAUAAUUAUAACUCUUUAAAAAGUGAAAGUUCAUUGUAAAGAUAUUUCCUUUUUGCCUUAGAAGGAAAUACUAAGAGAAAAAAUUAUUUCUUAGGUGGGCGGUUGGUAAUUUCAAAUCCUGUUUGUUUGGCUGACAAAUUUGUAAGCCCAAAGUACGUUAAGCUGAAUUACAGCUCUUUGGCCUCAAAAUUUUCAAUAGCCAGUAUUUCUCUUUAACUAAGAUAAAACUUUUAUUAGAAACUUCCAGUUGGUGAUACCAUAUUCUACAUGUAUAUUUAAAUGAGAGGUUUGGCUUCAUCUCAGUUUAGAAAUUCAUUCAAAGCUAAAGAUGUAUAUAUAUAUAUGCAUACACUUUUGUAUGUGUAUAUAUACACACGUAUGCAUGCAAUUUGUCAGGUUAUGUACAGAAUUUCUAUUAAGAUUUUAAAAAUGGACAAGCAAUAUGGGAUUGCGUAUCUGAUUUGAUUAAAAUUUUAUGUAUCACCAAAUUUUUAAAAAAGUAACAGCCAAAUGCUAAGUGGUCUAGUUGCUAAGUGGUCUAGUUGGCUACUAUCAUACCUUAAAAGUUGAAUUUACACACACACACACACAUAAUUACCUUGUUUAUAUGGUGCUCAUUUGUUAUUCUCAAAGAUAAUGCAUGACUAUGGAGUCAUGAGGUAGAUGCUACCAACCACUCUGUUUCACUACUUCUUAGUCAAAACUGGGUUUGUUCUUCGUAUUUAUUAAUAAGAAUCAUAAAAUAAUUUGUACUAGAAGGCCUAAAUCAGCAUAAAAGAGGAAGAGUGUAUUAGCUGACAUUCCAUACUAAUAUGCAUUGUUUAUGCAUUCUUUAACUAAAAGAACAUAAAAGAAAAUCUCAGUAGUUUGCUGCUAAUAUAUACAUAUAUUGUAUGAAAGGGUAUAUUUUGGUUUUGUUGAAACCCUUGUUGACUUUUCUACAGUGAACAUUUUUUUUAACUUGAUUUAAUAAAAAUGUUAAUUUUGCAAGUGGAGUUUUGUAAAAACCUUUUUCAGUCAAACAAAAUGACUAUGGUAGUAAUAACAAUCACCAAAAAAGCCAUACAUCUUGAUGAACAUAUGCCUUUGUUCUGUCAUUCGAAAGAGUGAUGUUUACUAUGUGCUUGAACAUUUUCUCUGCAGUUACAUGAGUGUAACUGUAAGAAUAGCUGUUUAAUGAACUUUUAAAAAAAAAAUUUUUGACCAUAGAUUUUUCCAGUUUAAAGCAAUAACUUUACUACUUUCUUUCAGAGUUAAUACUUCCAGUAUAUCAAGUUUUAAACUUUACAUCCUGAGAUUUGGGAACUUCUUUAAAGGAAAAUUGUAGUAGAGAUCAUCUUGAUGAAAUUGUGUUUUGAAGUUUG